AUGUCCGGGGCCCCAGAACAGAAGCAGGCAGUGCCUAAUCCAAGAGGUGCUGGGACUCCCAGGGAUGGCAGAGGCGGCAGAGGCCUCGGUGGCGGCAGUGGAACGGCCAGCGGCAGAGGCUGGAUUGGCCCCUCCAGCCUCCCAGAGCCGAGGGUCGCUGGCUCCUGUGAACCACCGCUCUGCUUUAGAUUGAAGAACAGUAUGGUCGGUGUGGUGAUUGGUCGCGGUGGAUGGAAAAUCAAAGACAUCCGAGGUAAAACUAACACAAAAAUACAGAUAAUAAAAGAGAAUUCUGAAGCAGAGGUAAAAAUUUGGGGCAGCCACACCAUGAAGGCAAAGGCCAAAGCAGCAAUAGAAACUCUUGUUAAAAACCAAGAAGAAAGCUACACUUCAGAAUCUAGUGUUGAUACUGCUGUAGCCCAACUUUCUGUUGGAAGAGAUUUAAGCACAGACAACACUGUUAGAGAAUUUCAGCCAUCGAUAGAUUGGGAUCAAAUUCAGGCCCAGAUUGUAGAAUGGGAAAAAAGAAAAUGGGAAGGUUUACCACCAACUGAGAAAAACUUUUAUGUAGAAUCUGCAGCAACAACGUCAAUGUCACAAGUACAAGUAGACAACUGGAGGCAGCAAAAUUUCAACAUAAUGUGUGAGGACUUAAAAGAUGGUGAAAAACGUCCCAUUCCCUAUCCACCAUGUACAUUUGAGGAUGCUUUUCAGCCUUAUCCGGAAAUUAUACAAAACUUAAUAAGGGCAGGUUUUCAAAAGCCAAUGCCAAUUCAAUUGCAAGUUUGGCCAAUAGCGCUACAAGGCAUUGAUCUUAUAGGAGUUGCCCAAACUGGAACAGGCAAAACAUUGUCCUAUUUAAUGCCUGGGUUUAUUAAUCUGAAUUUUCAACCAGUACCUAGAAAACAAAGGAAUGGGCCUGCCAUGCUAGUCCUUACGCCUACUAGAGAAUUAGCCCUUCAAGUGGAAGCAGAAUGUUCCAACUUUUCAUAUAAAGAUCUCAAAAGUGUGUGUAUCUAUGGUGGUGGAAAUAGAGAACAACAGAUAAAAGAUAUUACCAAAGGUGUAGAUAUCAUUAUUGCAACUCCUGGACGACUGAAUGAUCUGCAAAUGAAGAACUGUGUCAAUCUGAAAAGCAUAAACUACCUCGUCAUAGAUGAGGCAGAUAAAAUGCUGGCUCUGGGGUUUGAACCCCAGAUAAAAAAGAUUUUAUUAGAUUUGCGUCCAGACCGUCAGACUGUUAUGACAAGUGCAACUUGGCCAGAACCUGUUCGUUGACUUUCGCAAUCUUACCUGAAAGAACCUAUGAUUGCAUAUGUGGGUACACUGGAUCUAGCAGCUGUGGACACCGUGAAGCAAAAUAUAAUUGUCACCACCAAAGAAGAGAAAUGAUCUCUUAUACAAGGGUUCCUAGAAAACAUGCCACCGAAAGACAAAGUCAUCGUGUUUGUCAACAGAAAACCUGUGGCCGAUGACUUAUCAAGUGAUUUGAGCCUCCAAGCCAUAUGUUUACAAUCUUUGCAUGGUGACAGAGAGCAGAGUGAUAGAGAGCAAGCCUUAGAGGACUUUAAAAGCAGUAAAGUGAAAAUACUGAUUACUACUGAUUUAGCAUCGCGUGGUCUGGAUGUUCAUGAUAUCACUCACGUAUACAAUUACGAUUUCCCACUGAAUAUUGAAGAAUAUGUCCAUAGAAUAGGUCGUACUAGAAGAGCAGGAAAGACUGGCAUAUCAAUUACUCUUAUCACUCAGGAUAACUGGAAAAUAGCCCCUGAAUUAAUUACAAUUCUGAAAAGAGGAAAUCAGAGUGUCCCAGAUGACCUGACAGCAAUGGCUGAAAAAUAUAGGUUGCACAGGCAAAAUAAAGAAAAAAAAUUAAGAAAAUCUUGA